AUGGGUGAUGAAGAAAACAAGGAUGACGGACCCAACCGCAUCAUGGUCUUUCUUCGCAUUCGCCCCGCCAUGAAAGGAGAAAUUGAUCCUGCGGCUGGAACACAUUUUCUGCUUGAUGUUCAACCAGACAACAAAACCUGUCUUUUGGAGUCAAAAACUUACUCCUACGAUUAUGUCUUCAAUGGAGAAGUGGAUCAAGGCGAUAUUUAUUCUCGGGUAGCCGAACCUGUCAUUGGUAAUGUUUUUAAAGGUUACUGGGGUACCGUAAUGGUUUAUGGCCAAACUGGAACUGGGAAAUCGUUCACCAUGUGUAACUUUAGUCCAGUGAAUAUGGGUAUUGUUCCACGUGCCAUGAAGGCGAUUUUUGAUGCUGUGGAAGGCGACCCUGGGCGCAGCUUUACCAUCAUGUUUUCUUUUAUUCAGAUCUACGUUGACAAGUUGCAAGACCUAUUUAAUCCAGAAGCCCCUGAAUUGAAAAUAACUCGAGAUAAACAUGGUGUCUCAUUUCCUGGGAUUGUGGAGCAUACAGUAAAGGACGAAGAAGACUUUCGGCGCCUUUACGAUGAUGGCAAUCAGUAUCGAGUCAUUACUGCUACAAAGAUGAAUCCAGAAAGUUCGCGUGGGCACGCUGCUUUAUUUAUUCAAGUAAAAUCCAUUCCAAAAGACGACCCAGGUGGUGAGGUUCGAAGCGGAAAGUUGUUCCUUAUCGAUCUUGCCGGAUAUGAACGCUUCAGCAAAACUGGUGUUCAAGAAGGGCAAAUGGCCUUGGAGGCGAAAACCAUUAAUGCAUCACUUCUUUCUCUUGGAAACGUUGUUCAGGCUUUAUCUGACCGUGCUGAACACGUUCCAUGGCGUAAUGCAAAGUUAACGCGCAUGCUUGAGGAUGCUAUUGGUGGACGUGCAAAAUGCAGUAUCAUCCUUACCGCGGGUCCAAGUAGUGAGCAUAUGCAUGAAACAUUGGGUACCCUCUACUUUGGCUCUCGGGCAAUGGCAGUUAAGACGAAUGCUAAACUUGCUGUAAAUAUUGAUUAUAAAAAGCUGGCUGCAAAACUGCAAGAGUUGCUAACUGCAGCGGAGGGUCGUAUUAACACACUCGAAGUGGAGGCAACCCGACGACAAUUGGAACGAGAGGAAGCUGAGGCGGCAUUCCAGGCGGAAUGGGCGAGAAUUAAACAGGUUCAACAAGAUCAGUUGAAUCAGUUACUUGCAUCUGGUGCAACAAAGGAACAGAUUGAAGAGCUUAUCAAGUCUAAUGAGGAGGAGAACGAAUUGAUGGAAGAGCAACAAUAUCAACAACGGCAGGCACUUGAAGAGCGUCACGAGGAAGAAUUAAAGGCAUCCCUUGAGAGGCAACAGCAAUCGAUAUUGAAUGAGACUGCGGCAUCAGCCACAACGAUGGGUAAAGACAUAGCUGAGUUGCAGCGGCAGCUUUCUCAAGAACGGCAAGAGAAGGAAAAAUUCAGAUUGAAGGCAAAAGAGGCUGAAGCUGAGGCACGACGUGUGUCUAUGGAGAUGAAUGAAUUGCGAGUACAGAUGGAAGGAAAUGACAUUGGGUCACUACCAGGGUCUCCUUCGAAUCCUGAGUUUAAGAAGGAAUUUGCACGACGUAUUGAGACGGUGAAGUCAAUGUAUGAAGAGAAUAUGCAACUUCGCAUCUCUGAGAUUGAAGAUUUACACAGUGAGGAGGUGAAUCGCUACAAGGGGUUGUACGACGAUUUGAAGAGGACCAUGGAGAACGAAAUAAAAUAUCAGAAAGAUGCACUGGUUGCAUCCUAUGAAGAUGAAAUUGAUAAGAUUCGUCAAGGCUCUGCAGAUGUUCAAAAUAAACUAAAAAAGAAUCAUCUCGUUGUAAAGCAGUCAUAUCAGGCGCAAAAGGAGACACUGGAGCAAGAAAACAAGGAACUUACUGCAUACUCUGAGGCGUUAGUGAAGCAACUAAUUUCUGUGGGAAUACAACCCGUUGGACGUCCAACAAAUGUGACAAGACCUCUUUCUGCAAUAAUACCAGGAGAUUCCAGCAAGCGAAUUCAAGAUAUGAUGACGACAAUUAAGGAAUUGCGAGCGGAAUUGGCCUAUGUUCGCACAGAGAAGGAUGCAAUGACGAGGGAAAAGGAGUCGCAAGAAGCAAGAGGUGAGGAAAGGCUAACUCUUGCGCAGGUUCGUCAAAUAAAAAAUGAAAAUGAUAUGCUAAAACAGGCCAGGAAGCACCUUGAGGAGGAAGUCUUUUCAAUGAAGGCAGAAUUGGCCUUAUCUCGUCAUCAAGUGGAAGAGGAUGAUGAUGAGGAUGACAAGGAAUUAGACGUUUUUGGCGACAGCGAGGGGAUUCCCAGCUUUAUCAAGAGUGUCCUAAAGGUCCCGUAUUUUGCGGGAACUCAGGCAAUACAAAACACACACAAACCUAUUCUUGCAUCCUUGACCACUGAUCUUGACGAGUACAGACGUAUGCUAAAGUACCGAUUCUUUUUUAUGGGUGCCCCUAAUGCAGGUAAAUCCAGCGUAGUCAAGUGUCUUGCGACACUGUCUCCGCCAAUGAUUCGGAACACCCCGGAAGUUCUCACACCAACAGUUCAUCCAAUUUUUACGUGUAUCUCCGUAGACGACGUGUACUGCUCCAGAAACGACUGGUAUAAAACGUAUAUUCAAUUUCGUGACUUGGAUGCUCCGCAGCAGCAACAACACUCAGGUGGGUUCUUAAAUUCUAUUGGUAUUUCAAAAAGCUCUAAGAGUGGUGUCGUGGAUCCUGCCAAGGUGCAUAUUGACUUGUUGGAUCUUCCCAGUGAUGCUGUGUUUUGGCGUGGUAUUCCGCCUUUUUUUCUACCUUCGAAGAGUGUGGUUUACUGCUUGGUUUAUGAUCUUACAAAACCAGUGGAGGAGGUUAAACAGGACCUGGAAAAACAGCUCACACUUCUUCACGCAGCAUGUCAUCGAGCAUACUCCAAGGAAAUUGGUGGUGAUGCAGCUAAGAUUGGAUUUUGCCUGAUUGGUACUAGAAAAGAUGCUCUUAAAGAUGCUCGAGAUGCCGCGGUAUUAAUUCAUAUUAACCGAAUUGCUGUUCUACUUGGGGACACGUUCUUUCGCUUACGUGGUGAGGAUGACCGCGGCCUUGUUUGCGUUGGCAACUUUGCCGUAAGCACGAAAGAUUGGUCGGUGGUGAGUACCAAACGGGAACAGGGACCAAAGACGUUUAAGGAGCUGAAUAACUUUUUAGGCAGAAUUGUUUCACAGCUCUAUUCGAAUCGUCCAAGCAGCCUUUUGCCAUCCUCAAAGGACACCGCAUCUCACCUAAGUUAUAUGCUGGGAGAUGAAUUCUUGGAAAGUUCGGCUGAAAAAACCUCGCAUCUUGUGCAGGCACAACGACGUCUGCGCCAGGGCAUUGUGACUCUGCUUACCUGCCUACUUCGUGAGCGGAAGGUUCGAUGGGCCAUGCAGGAAAAAGAACUCCGCUCCUUGGUCUCUGAGCACUUGUGUAUGGAUUCAAAAACAAGCUAUGCUGUCUUCGUGGAAAACUACGUGGUUCGUGAACUCUUUUCCCGCGGGGUUAUCAUUGCUCUUCCCAACGCCAUUAUUGAACCGAAAUAUUUGCCACGUCUUGGUGACGCUAAACCUCUUCCACAUGAUGGAAUUAUCGUCUUGGACCCUAACAAUCUAAUGGUGAACUACUCCCUAUUUAUGUGCCCAAAUUCGCUGACGCGGCUACCAAACGGAGCAUCUUUUCUUAAAGAUCGCGAGGUUAUGCUAUUUGAUUACCCCGGGUUAAGCCGUUGCCAAACCACAUGGGGCCAGGGUAUUGUAACCGGUGAUGUGACGCAGAUUGUCAAUGUGAAGUUGUUGUCGCAAAUGGGUAACGAUGUCAAGGCGGUACAAGAGCUAUACUGUGUUAUGGGUCUGGGAUUAUCUCUGAGGGCUGAAGUUGCCGUGAUUUCCCCAUCCCAUUUCUCGGUUCGCAUGUCUGAUUGCUUGAGUUACUAUCUAUCGUACAUGAUCUCCUGCAACGGCGACGGUGUUGCAAGGCAGUAUAGGCUUAAUGCAUACCCACCGACCCUCUUUGCCUCUUUGCAAACGAGGCUAAUACCGUUCUCACAUUUGCCUUCGAAGGACCCACGACACUUGGUGUUGAACUGGGUAGACGCAUCUUUUUUGGUGUUCGAAAAAAGCCGCUUGAAGUAUGCUGUUUGCGGUUCCAAAGGCGUGAAGGAUGCGGCAUCGCGAACAAAUAUUCCUCUGCGCGGUAUCAUGAAACACGAGGGUCAAUACUUGUACAUUGGAAUCACUGGACGCCACACAAAUAGCGAGGAGACGAUAGCUGCGUGUGACGCAGUGAUGAAGGCCGUCCACUACGAGUUGACUUCUCUGUGCAAGCGGAGUUUCCGUGGGGUGAAGGUUAAGUAUCAGGAGGUUCCCAUUACGGGGGCUUCCUUGAAGCGUGAGAGCUUUGCAACCGGGCAGGAAGCCAUUUUGGGCCGCUACAGGGCGGGCCCGAAAGUCAUUGCGGCGCAGCAGCAAAUCACGCAAAAUCUCCGCGAUCCGAAGGCAAGGGAGAUUGAGGAAGCCAUCAUUAACUUGCCGUUGAAGCUUCGGGAGAAAGUGGAAUGA